UGCAUAUAUGCGCUUUCCAUGGGCCGGCACGAGUGGUCAGUCGCCAUGGAGUCGUGGGUAAGAGCAGUCGUGCUUCUGGUGGCUAUAGCCGCCGUGCUCGGAACACCGCUGGUCAACGAUCUUGAACCAGGAAAUGAAUGGCCCGAUCUUUAUUCUGUUAAACAACCAAGUGAACCCGAGGAACCUGCUUAUGUUGAACGUAUAGAAGGCGAAACCACUGAUGAUCCGGUAAACGCUAUUGCUGAAGAAUUGCCACCAAAAAAUGUUGAUGAGAUUAAAGAAGAAGUCCCACAAAUCAUAGCAAGAGCUGUGGAAGAUGAAAAAGACGACAAAGUAGACUAUUCUGGAGCUCAAGUAUGGCAAGUUUCAACAGAAAAGAGCGGCGUGCGCCUUAUACUCGGAAGACUACGAAGGAGGAAUUUGAUUGCAACAUGGUCUGGAAACCACUCGUACGUCGACGUUCUCGUCAAAUCAAACGCAGUAGAAAACGUAACAAAAUUGUUCCAGAGAGAAAACAUUGAUUUCAAUAUAAUCAUUGAUGACCUGCAAAAAAGGAUCAACGAAGAGAACCCUCCCCUUGACCAAAAUGAAAUCGAACUUCAGGAUAGAAGAGCAAGAGCUUACAGUUUUUGGCGUGAUAGGGCAUACCACCGUCGCGUAGGUUAUAUAGGUGCCUACAUGGGAUAUAAUUCCCUCAACAUUCCCAUGGAGUAUUGGCCGAAUGCGAACUGGGGUCAUCGCAUGACGUGGAAGCAAUACCAUAGAAUUGAAGACAUUCACGGCUUUUUGGAUUAUUUAGCAAAGACGUAUCCUGCUAUCGUCAGUGUAAAAUCUAUUGGAAAAUCUUACGAAGGCAGAGAGCUCAAGAUUCUACGCAUAUCCAAUGGUCAAAGGACAAAUAAAGCAGUCUUCAUAGACGGUGGUAUACAUGCAAGAGAAUGGAUAAGUCCAGCUACAGUGACGUAUCUAAUAAAUCAAAUUGCAGAAAACUUCGAUGAAGAAUCAGACGAAAUUAGGAACAUCGAUUGGUAUUUCUUACCAGUGGUGAACCCAGAUGGUUACGAGUACACACAUAAAGCUGAUCGUCUGUGGCGAAAGAAUAGGAAACCAACAAUUGGCACCAGACAAUGUAUCGGUACUGAUCUCAACAGGAACUUCGGAUAUCGAUGGGGAGGCAAGGGUUCGUCAUCAAAUCCAUGCAGCGAUAUAUUCCGUGGUACCCGUAUGUUCUCCGAACCAGAAUCAAGAGCCGUUGCAGACUUUAUCACCAACUCGGCAGCUAAUUUCUCGGCAUACCUGACCUACCACAGCUAUGGGCAGUAUCUCCUCUACCCAUGGGGCUAUGACAAUGCAGUCCCUCCAGAUCACAAAGACUUAGAUUUAGUGGGAAAGGAAAUUGCUGCAGCCAUCCAGCAAGCAGGUGGAACAAAAUACACAGUGGGAUCAUCAAGUGGAGUCCUAUAUCCCGCAGCUGGGGGCUCCGACGACUGGGCAAAGGGCCAGGGCAUCAAGUACUCCUUCACCAUUGAACUUAGUGACACUGGCAGAUAUGGCUUCAUUCUACCAACAUCCUUCAUUGAACCAGUGGCUAAAGAAUCCAUGGCUGGAGUGAGAGUUCUUGCAAAGUACUUGCAUAAGACAUAAUUUUAAUAUUUAAGCAUUUAUUUAAACUAAGGUUGUGAUUUAUAUUAUAUUUUUAAGUAAAUUAUUUAUAAAAUAAAAUAAAUUAUUCUAUGCUGA